CGGCUUGCCCCGCCCACUCUCGAGGGGCGGGGGAACGCGGAAAAGGUGGAAGCCCAGGAAGAGAUGGUUCCCGCGCGCUCAGAGGAGCUUUGCAGAGGCUAAUACAGGUUGUGAGGUCUGUUGGAAACUAGCUAAGAAUCACUAUUAAAUAUGGCCAAUCCCAGACUGACAUUUGACCAACGUAAGUUUGUACUGAAGUGGUAUUGGAAAACUGAAAAUGUCAAAGAGGUCCAGAGACAGUGGAGACAGGAAUUUCCAACAGGGCCUCCAACACGGGUUACAAUUGCGCGGAUACGAGACAAAUUUGAAACUGAUGGUACUUUGCAAAACAUACAAAAGCAGCGUUCUGGGAGACGUCGGACAUCAACAGACGACGAGAAAUCGGAAGAGGUGCUGCAGAAUUUUGAGCAGUCAUCAAGAAAAUCGCUACGGCAAAUGGCUUGUGAAACAGGAGUAUCCAAAUCGAGCAUUCAUCGAAUUUUAAGGCGUGCAAAACUUAAUAGCUGUAUUCCAAACCUAAUGCAUUCUCUCAAUGAGGAUGAUGCUGACUGUCGACUUGAAUUUUGUAAGUGGCAGACCUGUGUUCCAAGACUAGUGCAUCCCCUCAACGAGGAUGAUCCUGAUCGGCGACUAGAAUUUUGUGAAUGGUUUCAAUCAAGAGUAGCAGAAGACUCAUUUUUUGGUGACAAGAUUAUUUGGAGUGAUGAAGCUAUAUUCAAGUUGAAUGGCCUAGUAGAGCGACAUAACUGUACAUACUGGGACCCCAAAAACCCACACAUUACAGUGGAAAGACAUGUACAUUUACCAGGGUUGUCUGUCUGGUGUGGAGUAUCAUCAAAGGGUUUGGUUGGACCAUAUUUUUUUGAUGGAACUGUUACCGGCGACUCAUAUUUAGACAUGCUGAAGGGUUUAAUUAUACCAGGGAUUCUUCAAAUAUUCAGUGACAAUGAGUUUUAUUUUCAACAUGAUGGGGCACCACCUCAUUUUCAACAUGAUGUCAGAAACUUUCUUAAUGAGACCUUCCCAGAUAGGUGGAUUGGGCGAAGAGGCAGUGUUGAGUUCCCUCCACGUUCGCCAGAUUUAACACCACUUGACUUCUUCUUAUGGGGGUACCUUAAAAGUAGAGUUUAUGCCACAAAACCAAAUACACUUGAAGAAUUAAAGAUUGCCAUAGUAGAGAAGUGUUGCGAAAUUAGAAGUGAAACGUUAAGGGAGAUUUGCAAUUCUGUACUUCGGCAAUGUGAACAGUGCAUUGCUGCGCAGGGACAACUAUUUGAAUACCUUAUGUAAAAUACCUAUUUAAGAUUAAUUAGUAACUCUUAAUCAUUAUACCAUUUAUUCAAUAUCAGUGAAUUUACUUAGCCUUCAAAUCAUCAUAGGUACGAAUAGCUGCUUAAGAGUAUAUGCAGUACAUGUGCAUGUGUGUGUAUAUAUAGAGGAAGAAACUGGUAAAACCACAUUUUAAGCAUUGCUUGCCUAAGAAAACUACAAAAUUGGUUCACCCUAAAUCAACAGGUGAAUGUGAAGGUGGGCAUACACACACACAUACACAUAGUGCAAGCAUGGGAUUAAUUUGAUUGAAUCGGUUAUGUAAUGGAAGACUGAAUGUGAGUGUGUGUGUGCGAAAUCUUCCCAGAGGUUUUAGCUCACAAGGGAAGUGAUUUUUGGUAACCAGACUUGUUUCUUUAAUAUAGUGGUUCUCAACUUGUGGGUCCCCAGGUGUUUUUGCCUAGAACUCCCAGAGAUCCCAGGCAGUUUACCAGCUGUUAGGAUUUCUGGGAGUUGAAGGCCAAAACAUCUGGGGACUCACAGAUUGAGACCCACUGCUCUAUCAAUUCAAUACUAGCUGUUCACUAUAAAAAUCCGAGAUACUUGUACAUUCUCACUCCUACAACUGUAUAAAUAUUCUUGAUAACCUGAGGCUUUAAUAUCACUCUUACGAUUGCAUCAGAACUGGUAUCCAUGACAGCCGAUGCUAAUAUUUAAAUCAAUCUUAAAGUUGCUGCUAUAAAUCCAUUUCCCCCUCUCCUUUUUCUUCUUAUGCUGCAACAUACUAAGACAAGUAGCCUUUUGAAAAUGACAGAGUAAUUCUAAUGCUGCUUCUUUGCCUGCUGUGAUGGGGAAAAGCAGAGUGACAGCUUUCUCUUUCCAAUCAUUCUCCCAAACUUUCUCCUGGUUUAAUAUAAGCAGAAAAAAACCCAAGCCCUUAUGACAAGGGAGUGCAUUUUAUUUUAUUCCCCCUCCCUAAUUCUCAUAACGAUGCUGUGAUGUGAAACUGAGGGUGGGGGGUGACUAGUGCAGGCAUCCAGUGUUUUUCUGAUAUAGCGGGGGCUUGAAUCUGAAUGAAUCCUGACAUUUGCUUAUGUGAGGUCACAUAGGAUCACAUACACUCCCAUGUGACAUACCACAAAAUCAAUUUUCAAUUUUACUUACAGUUGAAAUAGUUUGCUGCAAGUUAUAAAGUGAUCUAUGUACUCAAAAAGAUGAUCUUCGUUGAGACGAUACAUCAGCUGAAUGGUAGCUGGAUGCAAAGUUUAUGUAGGUUUGUAUGUAGGCUUGUUUGGGUGCUUCUCCUCUGCCCAAAUUAUAAGCACAAAUUCCAAUACCGCUCAGCUAUUGCCUUGCGAUGUUUCAGGACAGAGCAAACAUGUAUAUAUGAACACAGACAUAUACAUGUACUUAGUUCUGAUUAGUUUUAAAUAAUGACCUAUGUUGCAUCAGAAAUAUAUAAAGCACAAAGAUGUUUGGCACAUUUUAUCAUUCAAAUGUAAAGUGUACGUGAUGUAUUAUUUUAGUAUUACAAUAGAGUCUCACUUAUCCAACAUAAACAGACCAGCAGAAUUUUGGAUAAGUGAAUAUGUUGGAUAACAAGGAGGGAUUAAGGAGAAGCCUAUUAAACAUCAAAUUAGGUUAUGAUUUUACAAAUUAAGCACUAAAACAUCAUGUUAUAUAACUAAUUUGACAGAAAAAGUAGUUCAAUACGCAGUAAUGCUAAGCAGUAAUUACUGUAUUUACGAAUUUAGCACCAAAAUAUUACAAUGUAUCGAAAACAUUGACUACAAAAAUGUUGGAUAAUCAAGAAUGUUCGAUAAGCGAGUGUUGGAUAAGUGAGACUCUACUGCAUAUGCUUUUGCUGCACUACUUGCCAUAUAAAAGGUACAACAUACUGGCUGAGAGAAAAGGAUUCAGAUUUUUAAGCCAAUAAGGAUGAAACUUGCUGGAUGUAUUUCAUAUUUCAAAAUGUCUUUCAAAGGCUAUAGCUGUCUACCUACAACUGGCUUAUUUUGCAGCAAUAUUAUUAGAAUUGUUGAAAUAAUGGUCAUGAAGUACUCAUAUUAAAUAUCAGUCUUUGUAUACUUUUUGGAAUAGAAGAAAACACACAGUGGAAAUAAAUAUUUGUUUUAUUAACACUUAAAA